AUGAGUGGUGGUGGGUUUAGGGUUUCAAUCCCAAACAGUGUGAGGAAGACGAUCCAGGACAUCAAGGAGAUCACGGGCAAUCAUAGUGAGGAGGAAAUCUAUGCAAUGCUCAAGGAAUGUAAUAUGGAUCCCAACGAGACGGCUCAGAAGCUUCUCUUCCAGGAUCCAUUUCAUGAGGUUAAAAGGAAACGUGACAAGAGAAAAGAGAAUCUGAACAACAGAGAGUCUGCAGAGUCGCGGUGGAGACCUGGAAUGCAGGGACGAGGGGGUAGGGGCGGUCGGGUGAAUUUCUCACCUCGUUAUGAUGCUGGUGGUGGUAGAAGUACUGCUCCUGGAACUGAGAAUGGACCCAGUCAGGUUGCAGAGAAAGGUGGUGCUCCCUCUUUGCCAACCUCUCGUGAGACAAAAAAUAAAGAGCGAAGUCUGGUAACAAGCUCUGCACCGGUCAUUGUGGAUGGUCCUACCAAUGUGGUUUCUGGAAGUACUAAUGUUGUGCAUCCCUCCCAUGUAUCUGCUGGAAGUGGUCCUGAUAUAAGUUUGUCAUUGGUUGGGGAUAAUUUGGGAAGUUCAGUCCCCCCAGUGGAUGCAAACAAGAACACCACUGUUAAAUUUGGAAAUGAGGACUUGCACGAGCAGCCUGCACCAAGCUCCGGUAGUAGCUUGGUGUUGCCACCCCCAGCAUCUACAUUGGCAGUUUGUUUCUCUUCUUCAGAUCCUGUACUUGUGCCAUCUAAUGAUUCACGGCUCCCAGGUUCUGUGGGCACAAUUAAACGUGAAGUAGGGAGUCAUCAUCCUUCUGCUUCUGAGAUUGGUAGCUCUCAAGCACCAGGAAAAGUGGCAAGCAAAACACAGGGAGUUGGGAAAAGUCAGCUUGCUGAUCUUUCACACCCUUCAUCUACAUCCACUCAUGGCAGUUCGGGUAGUCGGCCAUCAUCUAAUUACAGUAGCCGGUCACAACAAUCAGUUGGCACUCAAAAAGUUGGUACCAACAAGGAGUGGAAACCAAAACCUGUAAAUUCCACUGUUGUUCAAGGUCAAGGAACAGCUGGUACUGCUGUCGCAUCUGAGGUUCCUGCUGAUUCUGUAAAGGCCCCUUCCCAGUCACAGUCUGUUUCAAGCGUCCUUGAUUCAGAAGAAGCAACUUCAAAAUUGCAGAGGAAGCUAGAAGAGUUGCACCUUCCCCAGCGCAAAACAGUUAUUCUUCCAAAUCACAUCCAUGUUCCUGAAUCUGAAAGAACCAAGUUGAGUUUUGGAAGUUUUGGUGCUACCUUUGGCAUGACUAGUGGCUAUGUCAGUGGUCCUGAGACUGAUAAGAGCUCAACACCUCGGUCUGAAACUUCUCAGGUUAUUGAAGAAGCUGUGGAGGAACAGUUAUCAAGCAAUCAAAAUGCAUUGGCAACUGCCAAUGAGGAUGAUUAUCCUGAUCAUCCGCAAUCACCUACUCAUGUACCUGAAAAUAUAUCAUCUGGUGAGGGUGACGUCUCAUCCAGUGCAACCCAAGGACAGAAUGAAUCCAAGCAUGACACUGCAUUGCCGUCUGGAGGCCAUCAGUUCUCUGUGGCUCAUACUUCCCCAAACUACAGUUUUGGGUUUGUGCCCCCAAUUUUGGGGAGUCAGCUUGCGCCAUUUGAAAACUCUGAGUCUCAACCACGAGAUAUUUCUCGCCUUCCAAGCUUUGUGGUACAACCACCCUUUGACCCAGCAAGUUAUUAUGCCCAAUUUUACCGCUCAGGUGCUGAUAGUGACGGCCGCCUUUCUCCUUUUCCUUCUCAUGGGGUUUCCUCCAAGUACAAUGGGAAUGUUGCAGUAUUGCCUCCAAGUUCUCAGUCUCCACAAGAGGGUGGGGUUCUAUCUGCAGCUGGCCCAACACCAUUGGUGACACAGGCUUCUGGGCUUGUGCAAAGCUCGAUAGGUGUAACUCAGCAGCAAGUUCCUGUCUUUCGACCGCCAGCCGGGAUGCACAUAUCUCAUUAUGCUCCUAAUUACAUUCCCUACAGUCACUAUUUUUCCCCAUUCUAUGUUCCACCUCCAGCCAUCCACCAAUUUUUGGGCAAUGGUGCAUUUCCUCAGCAACCUCAAGCUGGUGGUGUGUAUCCAGCUCCUCCAGCAGCAGCUGCCACAGGAGUCAAAUACUCACUGCCACAAUACAAAACGGGGACUAAUACAGGGAACUCUGCUCAUAUCGGAAUGGCAAGUGGUUAUGGACCAUAUGGCUCCUCCCCAGCUGGUUAUAAUCCCAGUUCUGCCACAACAGCGGGAAACUCUACUGCUAAUGAGGAUCUGAGCACAUCUCAGUUCAAGGAAAGUAACGUAUACAUGACGGGCCAGCAGAGUGAAGGAUCUUCUGUGUGGGUUGCUGCACCUGGCCGAGAAAUGUCCAGCUUAACAAGUUCAUUUUACAACCUUCCCCCACAGGGUCAGCAUGUGACUUUCACCCCAACACAGGCUGGCCACGGCACCUUUGCUGGUAUCUACCACCCUGCACAAGCAGUAACAGCAGCCACUGUUCAUCCACUUCUGCAACAGUCCCAGACCAUGGCUGGGGCUGUUGACAUGGUGGGACCUGGGGGCAGUGUUUAUCAGCAGCCUCAGCAUGCACAGAUCAACUGGCCGAGUAACUACUGA